UGGAAAGAUAGCACGAUGCAGGCCGUGUAUUAUAGAAUAGGCCAUGGUAAAAAAAUUACAUUUCAUUGGUUCAGUUUCCUGUUACAUGGAUGUCGAGGCAAUUCAUCUUAAACGACCUUCUUCUGCAAUUUAAUUAAAUAAUAGCACUUGUUAAUGAAAAUGACUGCGACAGCUGAUUUUUUGAAAGGAUUACCCUGUUACAAUGAGAAUAACUUCACACGAUUCCAUAGCGAUGCUUCAUCAAAAGUCUCCGUCAAGCGGCCAUCCGUUUACCUACCGACAAAGGAAUAUCCUUCAGAACAGAUUAUUGUAACUGAGAAAACAAAUAUUUUGCUGAGAUACCUUCAUCAGCAAUGGGAGAGAAAAAAUAAGAAACGAGAAAGUGCCAAUGAAGUUGAAGAAGGAGGCUCAGCAAAGAAGAGACCACGCCUGGAUACAAGUGUUUAAGCAACUUACUGCUUGCUCAUUUAAGUGUUGAAUAUAUAAUUUCAUAUUGGAAGCCAUAUCGAAGAAUUGGAACAGGAAUGAAAGGAUUCCAGUAAAUUUUCAAUUGAUACCUGUUUUGUUCGUUAUAAUGAUUGUGGUUAGAUGAAAAACAACCACCAACUCAUGCUGAAGUAGGGCAUAUCUUUGAAUGUGUUGCUCUGUGGUCAUAACUAUAAUAAAUGACUCUCACUUUA